AACAAAAAACAAAAGGAAAGGACUUGUGAAGAAGAAAAAGCAGGUUGCUGUUGCUGUUGCUAUUUGCUACCUCCAUUUAUUUGUUCGAAACGAUUGAAACCCAGUUUCAGUUGUUCAAUCCACCCCCAUUGUGUAGAUCCUACUCAGACCGUGUUGGCUGAGUUCGAUCCGGGUCGACCCGGUGUCCGAAUCGCAGCUGAGAUGUAACUCGACUGCAGAAAGGAGGAAAAGUAAGGGAAAUGUCGGGUUCUCUUGCCACAUUUGAACGCCCUCGUGUUGUGAACUCGAAUACGAUAUUCAAGAGUGGACAUCUGCUCAUAUCUUCGAAAGGGUUAGGAUGGACGUCUUGGAAGAAGCGAUGGUUUAUCCUGACACGCACCUCUUUGGUUUUUUUCAAGAAUGAUCCUAGUGCACUUCCGCAACGUGGUGGUGAAGUGAAUCUGACUUUGGGUGGCAUUGAUUUGAACAAUUCAGGAAGUGUUGUAGUGAGAGAAGACAAGAAGCUGCUGACUGUUUUGUUUCCUGAUGGGCGUGAUGGACGAGCAUUUACUCUUAAGGCGGAAACAUCCGAGGACUUGUAUGAGUGGAAGACAGCCCUUGAGCAUGCUCUUGCACAAGCACCAAGUGCUGCUCUUGUGAUGGGACAUAAUGGCAUAUUUAGAAGUGAUACUAAUGAUACCGCUGAAGGAUCGUUCCAUCAAUGGAGGGAAAAACGGCCAGUUAAAUCUUUGGUUGUUGGACGUCCGAUUUUGCUUGCAUUAGAAGAUAUAGAUGGAGCGCCAUCUUUCCUGGAAAAAGCACUUCAGUUUCUUGAGAAGCAUGGAAUUAAAGUAGAAGGAAUUCUGCGACAGUCCGCAGACGUAGAAGAAGUGCACCGACGAGUUCAAGAAUAUGAACAAGGCAAGAAUGAAUUUGGUCCUGACGAGGAUGCCCAUGUCAUCGGCGACUGUGUUAAGCAUGUUCUUCGGGAGCUACCUUCAUCGCCUGUUCCUGCAUCCUGCUGCACUGCUUUGUUGGAAGCCUACAAAAUGGAUCGGAAGGAAGCUCGGCUGAAUGCAAUGCACUCUGCUAUACAGGAAACAUUUCCGGAACCUAAUAGGCGCCUCUUACAGAGAAUUCUUAAGAUGAUGCAUACAAUUUCGUCCCACGUUUCUGAGAAUCGGAUGGCUCCAUCGGCAGUUGCUGCUUGUAUGGCUCCGUUGCUCUUGCGCCCUCUUGUAGCUGGUGAAUGUGAAUUAGAGAAUGAUUAUUACGACACCAAUGGCGAUAAUAAUUCCGCUCAGCUUCUUGCUGCUGCCAAUGCUGCAAAUAACGCCCAAGCAAUUAUUACCACACUCCUCGAGGAGUACGAGAAUAUUUUUGACGAUGAUAACCUGCACGGGUGCUCCAUGUCUGCGGAUUCCCAUACGAAUAGCAGUAGAAGUGAAGAUACAAGUGAUGAUGAACAUAUUGAUAUAAAAGUCAAUGGAUAUCACGAUGCUGAAAACGAGGUUGAUCCUGAAGCAGAUUAUGAUCGUGACAGGAGACUCAGUGGGAAGCUAAGUGAAAGCAGUGGCUCUACUGCCAGUGAUCUUUAUGACUAUAAGGCAUUUGGCAUCAACAAUUCAGAUGAUGGAUAUCUCAUGCAAGGUCGUACUUUGGCAACGAUUAAUCAAACAUUGGACUCUAGAGCUCUUACCGAUACUAAUCUUUCAGUUAAUGAGCAACUAGACCAACAGAAGGAGGCAUUUGAAAACACGACUGGUGCUUCUGCCGAAAUUCUCGGUAACGAGUCGCAACGGUCUAUGGGAGAUAUGUUGUCAUCUAUAGAUCAAGAGCUUCGUCAAUCUAUCCCGGGACCUGAACUAUUGGUUGAUAAGAUAAUACCCAAGCUUACAAGUUCCAGUCUCGGUGCCAAGAAAUCGACAUUUUGGGGACGAAAAAAUGCCACGAGAACUCCUUCAACCGAAUCGAUUGAUUUUUCUGGAGAGGAAGAGCUUGCCAUCCAGAGAUUAGAGACUACAAAGAAUGAUUUGCGUCAGAGGAUAGCGAAAGAGGCAAGAGGAAACGCAAUUUUACAAGCUAGCUUGGAGAGAAGAAAGCAAGCUUUGCAUGAGCGUCGAUUGGCACUUGAACAAGAUGUAGCAAGGCUAAAAGAACAGUUGCAAGCCGAGAGAGAUUUACGAGCAGCUCUGGAAGUUGGAUUGAGCAUGUCCUCCGGCCAAUUUUCUACCUCUCGUGGCAUGGAUUCCAAGACGAGGGCUGAGCUUGAGGAGAUAGCUCUUGCUGAGGCAGACGUAGCCCGAUUGAAACAGAAAGUUGCCGAACUUCACCAUCAGCUUAAUCAGCAACGUCAGCAUCAGUACGCUUCUUUUUCAGAUUCGACUGACCAUAUUCAACAUGCUCCGAACCAAAAUCCGCAGCAGAAAUAUUUACAGCAAGAUUUCGAUACAACACUUGCUGUUUGUAACCAUGAAAGGAAACAAAAAACCGAGGAAUUAGCGGUGCCGGAGCUAAGGAAUAAUAAAGGACAAUUAUCGACAUCUCAAAGCACUAACAGACGAAAGCAGUUGCUGGAGUUAACAAACCCGAGCGACUCCAAAAGUAGCGACGCAUCCACAAGUUUAUCCAUCGACAAUCUUUUUCCUAUCGACUCUCCAUCUUUACCUUCCACCUCGAGGGCAGCUGAGCAGGUGAUGGAAUAUUCUCGGAAUAUUCCGGCAGCAGCAGCAGCAUCAACGACACUGGUAGAGUUGACCACGCGACUCGAUUUCUUCAAGGAACGAAGGUCGCAGCUGAUGGAACAACUCCACAGUCUCGAUUUGAACUACACUUCCACACCUCAAGGUUUUGUGCAUAAUAAAAUUUCUUCUCCUCCUUGGAACUAAGUCAUCUUUCAUUCAUGUGUUUCUAGAAGAACUACCCCCCACCACCCCCUUGUGAAUAUUCUUUUUUUUUUUUUUUCAUCUUUUUUUCUUUUUCACGUUGCAAUAUAGCAAUGGUGUUAUGUGUUUUGGUGUUUGCUGUUUUGACAAUUUGAGGAUUUUUUUUGUUGUUUUUUAAUAUCAUAGUUGAAUACUCGAUGCAUUAUGAUGAUUAAUAAUUUUCAAUUUUUUAUUUUUAAAGAC